UAUCUCAAAACAUGACCAGUGAAAAUCAGAAAUUCCUUUCUGUAGUACCCUGUGAAAGAGACUUUAAUAUCAAGCCUUAUAAUGCUGUUAACAAGGAGCAUAUUGACAAUGAUAAUAGAUUUUUUGAUAUGCAAAGCAACAAUGUAAAUAGUAAUAAUUCUUUGAAUGUGGUUCCUUAUAAUCCCGGUCAGUUAAGAAGGUCUCAAAGGAUCAUGUCUAACAACUAUAAUACACAAGCUCAUCAAAUACAAAAGACAUCAAAUCUUCCGCAAAUGGUUGACUUGAAAAAUUCUCAGUUAGAAACGGCUAAAAAAUUGCAAAAAUGUUCGGAACCAAAUUUGAAGAAGAAUUUCCAAACCUUUCAAACUUCAAAUACUUCAUAUCUGAAUCAUGUUUGGCAGUUUGGCAAGCAGUCAAAAGUCAUUAAUAGAAUGCCUAACGAAGAAGAUGAAGAUGAAUAUUUUACCACUCCAGAAUACAACUUUAAGAACAGGAUAUCGAAGAAAAGAAGGUUUAAUUAUUUGACGAAUGAGGAAAAUUACACCUGUUUUGAUCAGUUAUCUGUAAUAGAAAGCCAAAGAUCAUCUCCAGCAAUUUCAUUCAUGGAACUGAAUAUUCCAGAUGCAACAAACAAUGAUGAAAUGGAAUAUAAUGGCAGUAUUUUCCACUUCAACCCAAAUUACAGUUUAGAGAUGCAAUAUUCUAAGUGA